AUGAGGCAAAUUGGGUGUGGCAGAUCUGCCGAGUUCGUGCAUCACUCUCGUCCUACACAUGAGCAAGCAGAGCCCAAAUACAUUUUUGCCACCAAAUCUGAUAUCGUUAAUCAAUUUGCACUCAACCGGAGGGUUGAAGGGCAAUUGGGCAUCCGCUAUCUAUUCGCAGGGUGGCCCAAGCCUGGAGCGACAAAAGUAGCGCUGAAUACAGGACGACGAACUGUCCACACUUUCGGCAGAUGA